AUGUUCCUCAACGAGCUGUUUCCCGCUAACAAGCAGAAUGUGGAGCAUUUCUCUAAGUACUUCAAGGAAGCUGGGCUCAAGGAGCUGUCUGACUUCCUGCGCAUACAGCAGAGCCUGGGAACCCGCAAAGAGCUGCAGAAGGAACUGCAGGAGCGCUUGUCCCAGCAAUGCCCCAUCAGAGAGAUGGUGGUGUAUGUGAAGGAGGAGAUGAAAAGGAACCAUUUGCAGGAGCAGGCUGUGAUUGGGCUGUUGUGGACGUGCCUGAUGAAUGCUGUGGAGUGGAACAAGAAGGAGGAGCUGGUCACAGAGCAGGCACUCAAACACCUCAAACACUAUGCUCCUCUGCUGGCGAUGUUCAGCACUCAGGGUCAGUCUGAGCUGGUGCUGCUCCUGAAGAUCCAGGAGUACUGCUACGACAACAUCCACUUCAUGAAGUCCUUCUCUAAGAUAGUGGUGCUCUUCUACAAAGCUGAUGUCCUGAGCGAGGAGGCCAUCUUGAAGUGGUACAAAGAUGCCCACGGUGCCAAAGGGAAGAGUGUCUUCUUGGAACAGAUGAAGAAGUUUGUUGAAUGGCUCCAGAAUGCUGAAGAAG